CAUAACGGAGAGAAUGUGGGAGGGAAUAGGGGAAAAGGGAGGCAUUAUAUACAUGAUUUAUUCAAGAAGACGGGCAUCAGCAGCGAAUGGGGAAAGGGAAAUUUGAGUUCUUUGUACUGCAAUUGUGCUGUGUCAUAAGAAUGUAAUCGCUACUACGCACUACGCGAUAAGAGAGACCCCUUGUUGGUAGUUUAGCCCCAAUGAUGUACUGUAAACAUGCCACCCAAAGGAGGAUCAUACGGACGAACGAUAAGAUAAGCCUAUGUGAAGCUGUUUUGUUCGUCGGGGAGGAGUAUCAAAAUCACGAUGAGUUGUAAUUUUGAUAUCUGAGGUAAUUAACACUCCAAAGUACCAAAUGCGCGAUAAACAUAAAACAACCCCUUGACCCUUCGGUAACGGUUGACCCUCCGCCACAAACCGAGGUAAACCAAAAAGCAGGCCGAGAGAAAUUGCACAUCAAUUCCGCACCCCAGCGCCUACUUUGUGAGAGGGAAACGAGCGAGCAAAACGAACAAAAAGCAUAACUGUGAUCUAUACGGUGUGGAGCUCAAGUCCCCACCCGACCGACAAUGACGCCGCCAUUACAUAAUGCUUGAAGAAGCCGGCAUAAAAGCACUCCCUUCCCUUCCACAUUUUACCCUGUUCGACUGUUGGUUCGACUGUUGUUGGAACCUCGCAUGAACGGUUGCUGCUUUCUUGCGACAUCCCAUCCAUCGCGCAUAUGCUUUGUCGCUCUCCAACGGUCAAACGCAAACUAAGAAGCGGGGGGGGGGGGGGGGAAGUGGGGUCAAAAGAAAAGAAAAAAACAAACUACAUGUGAAGAUGGAACCUGUUCAUUCGCAUUCGAUCCUAGGGUAAGACGAAGACGAUACACGGGGUCGAAGAAUGACAAUGGUGGCGCGGCUGGGCGGUGUGUGGUGUUGCCUUACUUCCAAUUCGGGUGAUUUAGAUCCGGCGAGCAACCAGUUUGCUUUGCGGAAGAGCAUUGUGAGGGUGACAUAGUUCGGACCGUCCCGCCCGUAGGAGCUCCCGAAGGCGCCCAUAUUCCUCUGGAUCGAUUGUGUGGUGUUUGCCUCUUUACCAUCUUUUCGUCAGUGCGCAAUUUGCAACGUAAAAGAAUGUUCGGGCCGUGGAAAAUAAAGAUUCUGCUUAUUGUGCUGGCAAUCGGUUCUUCAAGCCAUGGGUACCGGAUUUUGGGACUGUUUCCCCAUCCAGGAUUAAGCCAUUUCAAAGUGUUUCACCCCAUAAUGAGGGGCCUGGCGAACGAUGGUCAUCAUGUAACGGUGCUUAGCUAUUUUCCAGAUUCGGAACCCGUACCAAAUUAUCACGACCUUCGCUUCGAAGGGCAGGAGGUUUUGACGAAUGCGUUCAGCUUACAGGAUUUUACUGGCAGAACUUUUAUCGAUAAUUUUCACGAAUUCCACGAACUAGUUGUGUGGGGCAUGGACAGUUGCAAGGCGGCGCUGGAUUCGCCUGCCAUCGAUCAAAUACUCGAAGCGCAUCGAGUGGCCCCAUUCGAUUUGGUCGUGAUGGAGGUUUUCGCUACCGAUUGUAUGGCAGGCAUAGCCUGGCUGUUGCAAGUUCCUUUAGUGGGUUUGAGCAGCUGUGCGAUAAUGCCUUGGCACUACGAUCGUGUCGGAUUGCCCGAUACUCCCUCGUACAUUCCAUCGGAGUUUAGUACAUUUUCGGAGGAGAUGAGCUUCUGGCAAAGGUUUGAAAAUUGGUUAGUAACCAGAGUGGUAAAGCAUUUGUAUCGCAUCGUACAGAUUAGUGACAACAGGCUGUUGAAGGAAAAGUUCCCGAAUGCAGCCAUUCCCGACGUGGCGGAGAUCGUGCAGAAUACCUCGCUGAUACUGAUCAAUCAACACUACACCCUCAGCGGUGCUCGGCCGUUAGUUCCUGCGGUGGUAGAGAUCGGUGGAGUACACAUUCAGGGCGAGAAACCUUUGCCGACGAAAUUGCAACAGAUUAUGGACCAAUCAUCCAAUGGGGUGAUAGUUGUGUCCUUUGGAUCCGUGCUAAAGGCUGCUACACUUCCAACGGCAAAGCGAAACGCUAUGCUGGAAGCAUUUGCACGUUUCGAGCAGCAAGUGGUGUGGAAAUGGGAGGAUGAGCUCGACAAUCCGCCCAAAAAUCUCUACACACAGAAAUGGCUUCCUCAGCGGGAUGUGUUGUGCCAUAAGAAUGUACGGCUUUUUGUGUCGCACGGAGGAUUGUUGGGUGUUUCUGAAGCCGUCCACUGUGGUGUGCCGGUCGUUGUUAUGCCCAUUUACGGCGAUCAGUUUCUCAAUGCGGCAGCUUUGGUCAAUCGUGGAGCUGGAGUUCGUAUGGAUUACGAGCAGGUGGACAAUGUAACUUACAUUGCUAGCUGCAUCGGCGAAGGUUUAAGUGACAGAAAACGACGGAUGGCUCAAUCCUUGUCACGUGCUUACAAAACACGACCACAAACACCGCUGGAUUUGGCUCGGUGGUCAAUUAUCAAUGUAAUCGAGAAUGGUGCUAUGGAGUACGAACGUUCCUAUGCACCGAAAUUGCCUUGGUAUAUCUAUUACUCGUUGGAUGUAAUCUUGGUACUUUUGUUUGCUGCAUUAACAUUAGUUUUUGGAUUGUCUUAUGGCUGCCGGAAGCUGUGCUGUGGCAAACAACCUUUGAAAUCAACUAAAUCUAACGUUGCUAAGAAGAAAACUAAAAAACAAUAAAUGUUGUGAUUAGAUGAGUUGCAAUAGAUAGCACUUUAACGCUCUGGGAUGUACAUGUUUUUUUACAUUUUAUUCCUAACUUUAAACAGCACAUUUUACAACAAGGAUUAAGAACCAAGCAGCUAGAA